UUCAACACUUCUGGUCUGGAUCCUGGAGGCUCAAUUGUUGACGUGUCCGUGCCUGGAGAGUAUUGCAUGGACGAGGUCACUGCCGAAGAUAGCGCUGCUAUCAAAGCAGUCAGAUACAUAGAGACUAUGACCAACACGGUUGUCAGAGACAUAAACUAUGCAAAAACAAAGCGCCAGGAAAAUCGUAUCGCCUUCCUUGAAAAUCGGAUCAAAGAAUCAGAAGUCAAAGGCAAGAAGCUUAGCAGAGAUGAUGAUAUGGAGAUCAUAGAGAUUUCGGGUACAUAUCUACUCGGAUGUAUAUUAGAUAAGCUCGACCUUCCAACACCGCGCUAUCACUCUCAGACACAUCCAAGGGGCCAGUUUGUGACUGAUGUUACAUUUUAUCCCUCGAAAGAGCAUCUGCGACACCCGCCUACACCGGUCCAGCUCUCGAGCUCUCCCCUGGAUAACUUGCAGAGCACAAUAGAUGUAGUAUCUCAAAAGGCAAUACACUAUAUGGAAGAUAACCAAAGGAAGGUCUUGCAAGACUACAACUAUAUUGAAUUGAAAAGAUCAGAGGAGGCCAACUUACAACUUACUGACCUACUAGCUGAGAAAGAUGAAAGGAUCAAAGGAUUAGCAACGACCACUGGUAACUACAUAGGUACUGUCUUUUCAAUCUGUGAUCGGAUAUCUUCCUUGGCUGUAUCUGAGUCACUUCCAGCUGGGCCCGUGCUAGGCGUUGAGUGGGCUAGGAAGAUUUCAGAAGUUAAUCGUGCUGUUACUCGCCUGAGCAAGCUUUCACAUGACGCGCUUCAGCUCCUCAGAGUUGCAUUUGGUUAUCCAGAGGAACAGAACGACGGUGACUCGGAUGGCCACAUCCUCGACCUUUAGAAUUUACACGACCAAC